AUGAAGCCUAACCAAAAAGUACUUGAUCAUCUUAAGUCUUAUGACUAUUACUUGCCAUUACAUUUAGAUUAUGUAUAGAAAUGGUUUUAUGAGUAAAUGGUUGACAACUUGGGAUUAAGUGAAAGUUUUAGAACUUCAUUUUUGAGUUAAAUUUCUAAGAUUGGUUAAUUUGCUCAUAAUGAAUAACAGUUUAGACAAUUAGUCAGAGACUCAUGGUUUGGUUUCUUGAGUAAAAAACCAUUGAACUCCAUUUGUAUCAUGUUAGAUGGAUAAGAGUAAAAUGCAAUAAAGGAAUUUAUAUUAAAUGUCUUGAUUUAACCAAAAUAGUAUGAGAUCACAUAUGUGGAUGAGUUACUUCAAAUCUAUGAAUAUUACUUGCAAGGGAACAGAGGAGUUGCUAAUAUUAUAAAUAGGACAAAAUUUAGAAUGAUUCUAAGUAAAUUGAUUUCUAGUGGAUUUAUAUUAAGUUAAGAUGAAAGGAUCUAACCUCAAAUUAAAUAAUACAUGUUAGAUCUCUAUCUAAAGAAAAUUGAGAAAUAGGAUGAGAAAGAGAGGAUUCGUGUAGAGUUGAUAACUAGACAAAAUCUAUUUCACAAUUUAUUUGAAUUGCUAUUUGAUCAAACUGAAAUGUAGGGAAACCUAUUUAACCAUCUUAAAUAAAUAGUUUAUCUAAUGAUUGAAGAACAAUAGAAUAUAUUGACCUCCUUUCAAAUUUUGAAGAGCUUCUAUCAAAUGUAUAUAGAUAAGGAGAAACUCAUUUUUGAAAGAAUAGAUUCAAGAGUGAAUGUUGAUCACUAUAGAGUUGCAAGGGAAUUGUACUAGAAAUACAAAGAAAAAAAAGAUUUAAGAGAAGCCUUAAAAUCUAUUGUCUAAAAAUCAACACAAACAAUUGACUACAAAUUAGUUCUCAAAGAAUUAGUCACCAAAGAUCUAUAUACAAAGGAGAAUGAAUAAUUCUUCCUUCCUCUACUCAAAGAAUUUGAUAUGAAUAAUUUCCAAAAAAAUCGUAGAUAAUAGUCUAUUGAUAAUGAUUUAAUCUAAUAAAUUAAAAUCUUAGGAUUUAAUAAAUUGGAUAAACGAAAUGAAAUUGAAUAUGAUAACCUCUAUUUUUCAAUCAAUAUCAUAGAUAAUACCAACAUUGUUAUAAUCAAUAAAAGAAAUAAAUUAAAAGCAAGGUGUUCCAACAUCAAAGAACUUCAUAUGUUUAUGCAAAAUUCCAACAUUUGA